UGUUGUACUUAUUCGUUAAAAUUUAUAUCGAAGAAUAAUGCUUCAUCUGUUCAACUUAUUUGUAAAUCUUUCAAGGGUUUCAUUACAAGGGCUUCCCUGGAGUUAUUAGAGCUUUUUGUCCAAUUCAAAGUAGUUUGGCUGGGAUUCAAAUCUCUCGAGCUUACCAGGCUCGUUUAUACGGUUUGAACAUUGCUUGUGAACUUCGCUUAAUAGUUUCCAGGCUGCUUGUGCUGCUUUGCGAAGAUUGCUUCCCAGCGCACUUAACCCCAGUAGUGGGAAGCAAUAGUCAACCAGUCGUGAGAUACACGCGAAGCAGGUGCAGCGCGCUAGUGUUCUUGAUAGAAGGAAAAGGGAUUUGGAAAUUAGUUAACUAGACGAGGUCAUCUUGUGAUAUUUGUUCUUUGAAAAAAUCUGGUUCAUUCGUCGAUCUAUUAUAUAUUGUACGAUCACGUUAAAUGUGAUAUCGCAAACGUGAGAAUGGCCGGAGUCUUUGACAUCGAACUGCACGACGGGGAUACGGUCAAUCAGGAUGAAUCCGACGACGAUGUCAUCGAAACCAGAGAGGGAGAAUACGACACUACUCCUAACGUGAAUGCUAUUUUAGAAUCUGAAAAUGUGGAAAGAGUUCAACUGUCAGAGCAAAAUGUUAAUCCUGGUCAAGAGAAGACUGGUCCACAAGAUUUUGAACUUUGCAAAAUUCUUGGGGAAGGUGGUUAUGGAAAAGUCUUUCAAGUACGCAAAGUCACAGGAAAAGACCGAGGCAGUAUUUUUGCCAUGAAGGUCCUAAGAAAAGCAUCCAUCAUAAGAAACCAAAAGGAUACAGCUCACACCAAAGCAGAAAGAAAUAUUUUGGAAGCAGUGAAGCAUCCCUUUAUCGUAAACCUUAAGUACGCCUUCCAAACGGGUGGAAAACUUUACCUGAUUUUGGAAUAUUUAUGCGGCGGCGAACUAUUUACGUAUUUGGAUCGCGAAGGAAUUUUUCUUGAAGAUACUGCCUGUUUUUACUUGUCGGAAAUCAUCCUCGCGCUACAGCAUCUUCACAAUCAAGGAAUAAUAUACAGAGAUUUAAAACCUGAGAAUAUUUUGCUUGAUGGCGAGGGACACGUUAAAUUAACAGACUUCGGUCUGUGCAAGGAGCACAUACAGGAAGGAACCGUGACUCACACAUUCUGCGGAACUAUUGAAUACAUGGCUCCAGAAAUUUUAACAAGAAGUGGUCACGGUAAAGCUGUUGAUUGGUGGAGUCUUGGUGCUCUAAUGUAUGACAUGCUCACUGGUAUGCCACCAUUUACGGGGGAUGAUCGUAGAAAAACUAUUGAGAAGAUUCUUCGAGGAAAAUUAACUAUUCCACAGUACCUAACACCGGAUGCAAGAGACCUGAUUCGCAAAUUACUGAAGAGACAAGUGGCACAAAGGCUAGGCUCAGGUCCAAGUGACGCGGAGCAAAUCAUAAAUCACAAUUUCUUCAAACACAUCAACUGGCAAGAUGUUAUUUCACGCAAACUAGAACCUCCAUUCAAACCGUCGCUGAAAAGCGCCGACGAUACGUCUCAGUUCGAUGAACAAUUUACGGCAACAGCUCCGGUCGAUUCCCCAGUGGAGAGUACCCUCAGCGAAUCCGCCAAUAUGAUAUUUCAAGGAUUUACUUACGUGGCGCCGAGUGUCCUGGAUGAGAUGUACACGCAGCCACGAGUCGUGAAUGCCAGGAGUCCUCGACGGGGUCUUCUCGGUAGCAGUCACAGUGGGAGUCUUCACAAUUUCUCACCUAGAACACCAGACAGUCAUCUACGUCCGUCAUCUCAUUUCCAGCAGCACAGAUGACUGACGAUUGGGUUAGGCACCACGCAAUGGGCCACAACAGCAUGGAAGACACGGAGAUGAUGGACGUGGGACAACUUCCCGGACAUGUAUAGUGGUGCAGGUGCUAUGGCACUAGCUCAGGAACAGCUGCUGGGUUUCCUUGACUGAACAUAAAUUCUCAGAUAAAGGAUUAACGAUAGGAAAUCACUUUCAUGGGAGAAGAAGAAAUUAAUUCUCGGUUGUCUAGUGGUUAAGAGUACAAUACGAGAAUGGGGUUUUAAUGAGAAUCACACCGCUGCCAUCGACACAUCGAAAGUCCAGCAGCUACGUCUAGCUAAUUCACUUCUCUUAUAAUAAGUCUAGUUAAUUAGAAUAAACUAUUAAAGUAUAACGCGGGUUAACAGAUUGCGCUUGUUGAAGCGGCCCUGUUUGCCGUCUGCAGGUAUCAGUUGAAUAAUGAAAAGCAAAAAAGGCCUAUAAUAACACACGAUACACACUUUGAUAUAGAAAUUUAGGAACAGCCGAAACGUUCACGCGCCAGAGUUAUAUAUUAUAUAUAUACACAUGAGUCAUUUACGAUAAAAUAGGUGAGAUACGAUAUAUUUACGAUAAAAAAGAAAUUAAACUCUACACGCUUUCGUUUCUAUAUAUAUAUGUAUAUUAUACUGUAUACGUGCAGUCCCUUGCACAAUUUCAUCACGUUCAACAUUUUUUUUUUUUUCUUAAUUAUCACUAAACUUGCGAUUAGCCAUUCUGUUUAUUAACCUUUUAGAUAUAAUGCAAAAAUUUAUAAAUCAUCCAAGCAUGUAUGAUUCUCAUGACAAAUUAAGUUUUAAUCGUGACACCAAAGGGUGUAUCAAUAUAAAUGCGAGUUUGUUUGACGGCAUUGAAUUUCGCAAACGUUUGCUUGGGUAGAAUCAGUAGUGGAUAACAGAUAUACCUGCCAUCAUUUCAACGUUACACAAGAGCACAUACAUUCUCUUAACACUUGGCUCUUCCACAUCACGAUGGGUGCUCACUGAUCUCAAGUAUGACUUCUUGCCGACUUUAUUAUUCCAAGUACUAUAUUUAAUUUUGAGAUUUAAAAAUGCGCUCAUGGAACUUUGCGUUUUUAAUUGUUUUCUGUCAAGUGCAUGUAUACGUCAACUGCCAUUUGAUGCUACUUAACCAGUACCGUGACAAAUGCAGACAGAGAGAAGUAACUGAUGAAAUAUAAAAGAAAACGAAACUUAAUAACAAAGACAAAAGUGACGACUACUUCACUCAGAAUUCAGAAUGCCCAAGUGUUCACCAGCCUCCAUAGCCGACUAGCAUUACCUUUUACAUGCAUAGAUACAUGCAUUACUAUAUUAUACAUAAGAUUGUAAUGUUAUAAGGAUCGAUUACUACUAUUAUUAUUAACAGUGCUGCUAUUAUCAGUGCUAUGAUUAACGCAAGGUAUAUUGAGAGUGAAAUGACAAUAUUUUGUAAAGGAUUUCCUAUUAACAUGUCUAUGGAAUGUAAGCAUAACUUUGAUUUAUCAAUAUUGAAAGAAACUUGUCACUGCGAACAAGCGAAAGAAAUUCAAUGAAUAGAUGGUGUAAGAAAUUGAAAAAGAAAGAAGAGAUAGAAAAAUUUAAAAAUCGUAAGACUCUUUUGUCUUUUGUCUGACUCACUUCCUGGUAGGAACCUUUGGCUUUAGAUUGUACUGUCAGGAUACUCUCGAUAAGCCUGCUAUUAGUUGUUAGAUUAUAAAAAAGAGCAUUAUGACAAAGUGGUACUUUCAAAAAUAUUAUCAGAAUAAAACUUGUACGUUCAAGUCGGAUUACCAAUUUUGGUAAAGGAUUGUCUCGUGACAAUACAAAGAUGUUAUAAUAGUACGAAGGACUCAGUAUGGUUUAGCUUCUUGUACGAUGGUGAAUAUGUCACUGGAUUGUCUUGAAAAGAGAUAAUAACUAAUACACAAUAGUUCCUUAUCGUUGAGCAUGCUACUUGAGGAUUUAUCUAUAGCUCGUACGAUCCUUACUGAUAAUUCAAUAUUUUUAUCAUACCCUUUGUGCGCAGACCGCUCUAGACAUCCCUCUGGGCUAUUUGUACACCCUGAACGUCAUCUUGUAUCUGCGUUAUACAUAUUUUUCAAGACUCUGGAUGUACAUAGGAAAGCACACUGAUUGGCCGUCGAAUUCUAUUUCUAAGCAAAUCGCGUUCGAGCAUAGUUAGAAAAUAACUCUGCCAAUUAGCCUCAAUGCUAUUGGAACCUGAGCGCAGGUGGUUAUCAGAAUUUCUGUGCUUAUCUGAUUAUCCUUAUAGACGUACAAGGUAUAUCUAAUUUAUCCUUGAAUCAGAUUCCUCGAGUCCGAUGGGAUUGUUACGUGCAAUAGAGUAAAGUGACUGUUUAUUGUUUCUCUAAUCUCCAUCAUAACUUGGGACGUGUCAUGAGAAACUUGCCAGCAUAUCUUUUUAUUAUAUAAAUUAAUUGUUCUGUUCGAAUCAAUGGCAUUGUUCUAUGACGCCCCGUAGAGGCAGGUAAAAUAAAUUUUGUGAUAGAUUUUGGUGCAUGACUCGAAUCGGCAUUGAUCAUAAAACACGUGGUAGUAGAUCUUCGCUUUUGCGUGCAGAUUUUAAAAGUGAAAAAUUAAUGGCGAUGGACUCUUCGGCGUGUCACGUUUUUCGUCUUAUUGCUUUUAUUUUUUAAUAUCGGACUAAACAGCGUAUAUCGAUUUUCUUUGAUAAGCGUGAUGAGAUUUUUUUCUUUCUUAUCUCUCCCUUCAUUUCCUUUUAAUCGAAAGUCCCGCUGCGUGUUCCCAUUAAUCGAUAGAGUAAACUUUUAAUAACGCUUGGGCAAUUUACACUAUAUCAAUAUUACGUUAUAGUUUAUUAGAAGUCUAACCUUAUCAGUGUAAAGCCAAGUGUAAUUAUUCUAUACGUUGCGUCUUUCUCUGGGAUUCAUUGUUCGCAUAUGCGAAUACAUUGUAUCUGGAUCUAUAAUUAAUGCGAGAAUAAGUCUAAUCAAAAAGCGAUAUUGUUAAUCCAAUGAAUCCUAAGGAGAAAAUUACUAACGUCUCACGGACGUCACGUUACUGUCUGAUCAUUAAAAACGACAUGUCAAAGUCGAUAUUUGCCAGGAUGACAAUUUCUCUAACGUAUCUCUGUAUCUCUAAUGUGCGUAAUUGUAGUAGCUUGUUGCAAGACGCAAAGUAACUCAAUUCUUUCACGUCGUAAACAAUGAAUUAUGUCGUGAAAGCUUUUCUGCCUCACAAUAAUUCUUCUUUGAUAAUCGAUAGAUUGCAAAUAUGCAUUCGGAUACGCUGCAUCGAAUCUAGCUAGACUCUAAGCCAAUGCCGAACGUGAGGGUAAAGUUCAAUCGAAUAGUUAAUUAUAUUUCCUUUUUUAUUCCCACGUUGUCCGUUGCGUAAUUCUUACCUUCGAAAACUAUACUGGACUCGUAGAUGAUGCGAUACGGUGCAUUUUUUCUUUUCUUUUUUAUUCAUGACGUAAUUCCUCUUUUCAUAAUAUAACUCCAUUUUUCUUUGCCCGGAAACAACUUGGCUUUUAUUUCUUACAAUUUCUAGCUGCUCUCGCUAAGCCUUCUUACAUAUUCAGGUACUCCUAUCCGCGUAUGAUUCAGGAAUAGUGGCUGCCAUAUUCUUAUACGCAUAUAUAUAUUAUAUUUAAAAAAUAAAAGUUAUUACUGAUAA